CACAACAUCGCUCCAUUUUCACUAUCUUGGUUGCAACACCUAGUGGUGUGUGCUUUCGUUGGAAGUCUUCCAAAGCUAAUCGUCUGCUAAUUGUUGAGUCGCAACUUCGAGCUCCGUACAACAGCCUUUGCCUAUCUCGAGAUAAAUAUCGGCAUCACCAAGGUAGACAGCGACGCUCCAACAGCUACGAUGUUCCACAUAGCGACUUCGCCGAGGAGACCAGCCAUGGCUGCCAUCUCACUCUCUCUGCUACUCAUCUCAUCCAUCAUCCCGUACCAGGCCCACGCAACCAGCGCAUCCGCGAUAACAUCAGGUCCCGUUUUAAGCGACAUCGAAUUGACGCGGCUUAAAAUAUACGAGGGGGUGCUACACCAGAUCGCCAUGCAUAACUUGCAGAAGACCCUCCCCGGGAAAAUCGUCACGCUGCCGCCUCCCCCGUUCUCCAACAUGACCUUCCAAAUGGUCAUCCUAGACCGCGCGUUCCUCGUCGAAAAGGGUUACAAGUUUCGCGAGUUCGCCCUGCCUCCGGGUCUCGCGAUCGACAGCACGGCGAAGCAGGUGGCGCUGAUCUACAACAACCUCCCCAACGACACGGCGCCAUUCAAGCCCGCCGACGACGGCCUCGAGUUCAUGCCGUAUUUCGCGGGCCUCAACAUCGUCGCGUAUCCUCCUGUCGCGGCAGCAGCAGGACCCGCUACCAGCAAGACGAUACAAGUGACGGCGCCGGCAGAAACACCCAUCAAGGUCACGUUCCCUACUCCAGUCACUGAUCCAAAGUACCCUCCGCAAUGUGCGGUGUUCACCGCCUCUGGCGGGCCUGAUUAUGUGACCACGACAGCGAACGCCGCCACGAAUACGAUUGCCUGCGAGAGCUCUACUCUCGCGGAAUUCACGCUUGCUUCUGGCCCCUCCGUUCCGCUUCCGCCCACACCUCCUCCAACUCCUGCGCCCACACCCGCGCCCACCGCUCCGCCCUCGGCUCCCCCAGCGACUCCGCCCACACCUCCCCAGAAGCCCGUUCCUCCCCCUCCUACUCCGAAAACUCCGCCCACCACCCCCAAUACAACCGUCCCAGAUAACAGAAGCAGCGGUACAAGCAGCUCGGCCAACGCCGCUAGCAGCACAAGCACCGCCAGCACCCCGAGCAGCAGCAGCAGCGGCAGCAGCAGCAGCAGCAGCAGCACGAGCGCGGCGGUGUACAUAGCGAUUGUGGUGGGAGUGCUGAUUUUCAUCGCGCUAACAGUGCUGCUCGUCUGGUGGUGGCGGCGCGCCAAGAAGCAGAAGCAGCUGGAAGAAAUGGCGCUCGCGGCGGAGAAGGCGGCGAGCCUCGAGACGGCUCUCAUUGGCUCCAGUCGCACGCCCGCCGCGGGCUCUCUGCGAACAAAGGCGAAACUGGAGAACGAAACGUUCUGAUCCGUGUGCGACGCCAAGUGAACGCGCUAGAGGCUCUUGUAAGCCGCCUAGAGUAAAGCUGCCGUUGCCUUGCUUUUUAUAGGGUAGUCUCAAUAGAGUCAAACGCUGUGAUUUUGACUUAGAUACUCAGGCUGGUAGUGCUAGUGAAUACAUUGAAUCUGACAACUUGCCCAAUACUUUUU